AUGAAUCGAUUACCUUGUGAAUUAUUACAUCAUAUUAUUCAAUAUAUUCAUGAACCAUUAGAUUUACUUCGAAUGACCUAUGUUUGUAAAUGUUGGCGGUCUUUUAUUACGAAUGAUGAACAUUUUCUUAAUCAAUGGUUUUCUCGAUCUUUAAAAUAUUCACGACAAACGUUUCGUAAUGGUUUCAUUAAUGUUACUAAAGAUAUUAAAUCAAAAUUAGUAUUCGAUGUUGAUCGAUCAUUAUUUCCAAUUAAUCUUCGUUCAACUAAAUGUUAUCUUCUUCCUUGGACUGUUCCAAAACAUUCAUCACAUUAUAAAUGUUUUCUUGAGCAUAAUUAUCAUUCAUCAUUUAUUUUUUCAUCUUAUUCAUUUUCGUUUUGGAUUCUUUUAACACAUCAAUGUGAAUUACAUAUAGAAAUUGGAAAAUCUUAUAGUUCCAAUCUAACCAUCUUAUUAUCUCGUGGAAAGAAAUAUUAUUUCAGUAAAAGAAAAUCAAUGUUACAUGCUGAUCAAUGGACUCAUAUUGUUUUAACAAAAGCACAUUCACAAUCGAAUUGUACAUUAUGGAUUGAUGGACGAAAUGUUUUUAAAUCUCAUACAUUUUCCAACAAAGCAGAAGAACAAUUUUCAUUGAUUAAAAUGAUGUUAUUUCCAAAAUUUGCCAGUAAUUUAUCAUCAACAUCUAAACAUGUUCGUAUAGCUGAUUUUAAUGCUUUCAAACGGUGUUUAACAUUAGAUGAAAUUCGAGCCAUUCACCAACAACAAAUAUCAAUUAAGCAAGUCAAUGUCGGUACCUACAUUAGCAAUAAGUAA